AUGGAGUACACUAGCGUUAAUUUGGAGAAGGCUGUGACGUUAUUUUAUAGGACGGAGGCGGGUCAACAGGCCGAAGCCCAUCAAUGGCUUACUGAAGCCCAAAAUUCCACACAGGCAUGGAGUUUUGUGUGGGAAUUGUUGAGUCCAGAAAAAGUAUGCCCUCUUAUAAUAGGCGCUUCCCAACUGACCGUUUUGACCACCCAAUGCAGCCCCAAGUUUAAGUUUGGGCUCCCAUUUCUAAUCUUUACAUUUAUUGUAGCAUUGAAACUACGUCGAGUGCUCAAAACGAGCUCUGAGGUGCAGUUUUUUGCUGCAACCACACUACAUACAAAGUUGAUGAAGCAUUGGAGUGAAGUACCAAAGGAUUACUAUGAUUUUCUUAGGAAAAAGAUUCUGGAUGCUAUUAUCAGUUAUGCAAUGGGUCCAAAGAUUGUACUGAACAGAUUGUGUAUAGCUUUGUCCGCAUUUAUUAUACACACUGUUCCUGACUAUUGGCCCAAUGCUUUUGAGGAGUUAGUAUCAAGUUUUCAACCUCAACAUUUGCCUAAUAUUGACGCUGAAAGGGUAAUUUGGAUUUUACUGGAAAUUUUGACUGUGAUACCAGAAGAGUUUCAAAGCACAAAUUUGGCCAUCACACAAAGGAACAGUGUACGUAUAGUUUUACAGGAAGUCUCAAAAGACAUCCUUAAAGUAGUAGAAAUGUGUUUGAUGCCUAUACCAGGAGGUGGAUUUGAUAUCUCAAAUGUAACCACAUAUUUAAAUGCUGCUCGUUGUGCCUCAGCCUGGAUACAAUUAGGUGGCCUAACUAUUGAAGAGUGUGGUAAUGUUAUUGGGUUACUUAUUGACUUGACUUGUUUUGUGUAUUGGCAAAAUAGUGAUCAUGAAGAUGUUUCAAUGGAGGAGAUGGAGUUAACAGAGGUGACAGUUGAAGCUUUAAAUGCUAUAAUGCAACAUCCACAUACAUUUAAGUACAAGAAUCAUGUGACUAAGUAUGGGGCCAGUAUGUUGUACAAGUUUCAAAGGAUUUUGGAUACCGAGAGGAACAGUAGUGAUUGUAACAAGGACAUAGUAGCAAAUUUAUAUGGUUCAAUUAUAACGACAGCAGAUCACCAUUCAAAAAUCCUUAUAGACAAUUUAAAAUCUGAUAAUCCAGAAAAUCAAAAAAUUAGCUUUGAUUUUUUUGAUUCCAUACUGAAAUGUACAAAUCUUCCAGGGUAUUACCCAGUAGACGAAUCUUGUAGUACCUAUACAUUUGCUUUUUGGUAUACUUUGCAAGAUGACAUAUUAGCUUUAAAAACCUCUGAAUGCGCACAACUUCUCCUCAUGAUAAAACCAUACUAUAGAAAUUUAGUAUGCGUAAUGCUAAGAAAAGCAAUGUUUCCAACCGUUGAAGACGAAUCUUGGACCUCAGACGAUAAAGAGGUGUUCCGUUGUUACCGACAGGACAUAGCCGACACUCUUAUCUACUGCUACAACGUUUUGAACAUAGAAAUGCUUGAUAUUUUGCACACCAAGUUAUUGGAGGCCCUGAAAAAGGACAGGCCUAAUAAUACCGAACCUAUAAGAUGGAGUGAAGUGGAAACUUGUUUGCACGCUUUUAGCGCAGUCGCGGAAAGUGUGGAAAAUGAGUGUUUGUAUCUUCCAAAACUAAUGGCUAUAAUAAAAGAUAUUAAUUUCAAUGAAAUGCCCACUAGAGUGUUGGCAACAGCGCUUGAAACAAUAGGUGCUUAUUCGGAGUGGUUCCCGGAUCAUCCCGACACGUUGCAACAUGUUUUUCCGCUGGUUAUACAGUCAAUUGGCAACCCUGGGGUCGCUACUAGCGCCACCAUGGCUUUAAAAGAUAUUACUCAUAAUUGUCAACAUUUUUUGUUGCCAUAUGCUGACCACAUUUUAAUGUCCGCACAGAAUGCCCUGUCAAGUGGCCUGCUUAGAUUGGCGGAAAAUAAAAGAAUCAUGGCCAGCAUAGGCAGAACCUUAAGCACACUUAGCCUUGACAGGAUAAUGGAGUAUUUGACGGUGAUUUUGGCGCCAUCUUUUGACGAAAUGCAAAGGCUUUUGACAGUGACUCCCAGUUUAAGUGUGGCAAAUUCUCUAUGUUCAAAACUUCGACUGAUCAGUGCUUUAUUUAGCUCUUUACACAUAGACAGCCAGGAAAAAAUUGAACAACCUAUUCUGCUUGUAAUGAAGAAUACGAUUCCAAUAUUUAAACUGAUUAGUGAUAAGUAUUAUAACAAUGGCGACGUUAUGGAGGAACUUUGUUGCGUAAUAAAAUACGCAGUUUCAUCUCUAAGGGAUGAUUGUAAACCUCUCAUACAAGAUAUCUUGGAAAUAAUCGUUUUUGUGUACCGGGAAUACCCCCAACCGCACGUGAUAGCGAUCGCCAAACUGAUCAUUCUUCUUCUAUAUAAAGAAGAAGAAUUCCGACAUUCCAACGAGCAAUUAUUGCACGAAAUCGUCAACAAAACCCUAUUAAUGUGCAUGGAACUAGCGCAGGCCAACCAACUGUCGGAAAAAUCCGACGUUUUCGACGAAUUUUUCUGCAUGAUGGCAGCACUGUGCAAAAAAACGCCACAGUUGAUGUUUAACAGCAAUCUAGAUACGCAUUCUCUCUUCCAAAGCGCUAUUAUUUGUCUGAGCAUGCCAGAGAUACAUUCGUUGAAAGCAUGCGGGAGUUUUUUGGUGCAAUAUAUCACUCAGAGUCGAGAGACGGCUCAAGUUGAAGUUAUACAGACUUACGGGGAAAGUUUAGUUGUAAAACUAAUAUUAACUUUAGGGACUACCGCAUUAAGGACUGCAGUAGAUGUAUACUGCGAGAUAUUUCUCGCGCUGAACAAAAAGUACUGUGAUAAUCUUGGACGUUGGUUGGGUGCAACAUUGGCACAAGAGGGUUUCCCAACACCCAGGAUCAAUGCUCAACAAAAGGAGCAUUUUAUGAAAAGUAUUUUAAGAGAAAAAUCAAGCAAAAGGAAGCUUUAUGAUCUAGUAUUAGAAUUCAUGUUGAUCUGCAAAGGAAUCUGCAAACCAGAUGCUAUCUUGGGUUGAAAUCAAGCUUUUGUUUCCAAUGGAAGUAGGAUGCCAUCGUCGUCAUCCAUGUACCCAUAAUAGUCAGCAUCAAUGUCCUUCAUGAGUUCAGCUCUAGUUUUUCUUGGGGGAGGCGGAGGUUCUUGCUCAAACAACUCUCGAACUCCUGGCAACUCUUUAGCAGCCCCAAAAUAUUUAUACCCCCUAUUCCCUGGAACUUCUUUCCCUUCAUGAUCCAACAUACGUGGUCCAACACGUUGAUAAUCAGGGCCACCCAACUCCUUAAUCUGAUCCUCCCAAUGCCGUUUCUCCCUCAACAACUUAUUUAUCUCAUCGUUUAAAUCCCUGAUCCUGAAUUCCCCCAAACCAGCAUUCUGAAUUUGCGCCACUUUUUUGGCGAUCUCCCGAAUAAUCUGCAUCCUCCAUUUUUCACAAGCAUAGAGGCUUUUACAUUCAGAGGCUAAAUAGGGGCGACGUUUUUUGUGUUUUUCGCUUUCUCCCAACUGCGCGGCUCUCCAACGUGCCAAAGUUGUCAUUGCUUUUUCUGCGUUUCGCGCCAUUUUUACUCAUAUGAGUUAUAAAGCACAGGAAACAACACAAUUCAAAACGUUUAAAAGUGAGGUUAAAACACUCAAAAUUCACUCAAUUUGAUGC